AUGGCAUCUGAAAGUAAACCAUUCUUAUUGGAUGAGGAAAUAUCAGAAGAUGAAAAACUUGGGAAUAGACAAGACAAUGCCAACCUAACUCUGAGAGUCGUCUUCCUACAUCUUUCACUCAUACUAUUAUAUACCAACAUUUUUUUACUCGCCCUACUCCGAUCAACUUGUCCAAUAUCAACCUCGAUUCAUCCUUUACCAGGUGUGAGGAUUCGAUAUGUACCAGUUGCUCCUCCCGAUCUCCCAUCGUCACCUUACGCUGGGCCUCCGAGCGAGUCGGUAGACCAAGCAUGGCAUGAUCUAUUGAAAGACAUGAAUAUACGGGUCACAGCUGAAGAAUUGGAAAAGAGGAAUCAAAAGUCCAUAUCUUUACCAGAAGGUGGUGGUCAUAUGGUCUGGAUUGGAGCUCACCAUCAACUGCAUUGCAUCAAAAUGCUUCGACGCUGGAACUAUCGGGAUCACUACUAUCCCAACAUAACAGACCCAACAAUUGAACAUUGGGAUAUCCAUGCAGAUCACUGUUUCGAUAUUUUACGCAGUGCAGUAAUGUGUCAAGGCGACACAACGCUUACAACUUUCGGAUGGGAAAAACUAUCCAAGCCACAGCCACACGUCAAACCGACAGAACAUCGAUGCGUGGAUUGGGACGCGCUAAUGGGUUCUCUCGCCGAUCGUGUAGUUGGUGAGGAAGAGAUGGCUGCGCUUGUAAAUCCUAGAUUGGAAGGGGGUGCAUAA